AUGACUGGUACUGGCGUCAGCGUUGGGACUGGCGAUGGAACUCCUGGCAGGGUCCUGAUGGCCCUGAUGACGAUGAACAGGCCUCUGAUGGAUAUCAACAGGUGCCACAACAGUCUGAGACAGGUUCAGAUCAUCCAGAAGCCGGUGAAGGACAGUUCACCAGCUUCUCCAGCACGACCUUCAGUUCAUGCUUCACCAUCAAGGCGCUCUGAGGCGCAUGCGAGAACAGUGGAACCUGCACCAGCUUUGAAUGCCAUGGACUCCUUCAUCUUAGAUGUUCUGAGAGGUUGGCGUUUGCUUGUUGCUGCAUCCCUAUCACCGGAAGAGUGGCGUGAUGUUUUGGCCACCACAGGGAAUAAGCUGGAUUACCUUAGUGUUUCAUCGGCUUUACAAACCUUGUGGGGCGAGCAAUUGGGUGGCAAUGGCAAGUGGCAUUCAAAUGUGAGUUCAGCACCCCUAUCCUCUUUUUGGCAUGAGGGUUCCUGGCCUUACGAUGCAUGGAGUGACAAUCAAGCAAUGUGGCAUGAUUGGAAUGAAUCAGAAGAUUGGUCUUCCGAAGCUUGGGAGGCUGCUGCAGCAACUGGAGAGCAACCUGGUCCCUCUGACGAGAGGGUGGAUGAUGUGACCGAUCCUGCACUGAUUGAGGCCUUGGAGGCCGAGAAACAGGCUGAGUCAUUGGCCCUUGAAGCACGUCGCACUUGGUCGCAGGCCCAACAGGCCACACAGCAGUUGCAACGUGACCGCGGCUUUGGAAAAUCUGGUAGUGGUUCAUCAUCCUCAAAUCCAAUUCGUUGUUAUCUUUGCGGUGGUCCCCAUCUUCAAAAAGAUUGUCCUGACAAACAUCACCCAUCUUUUCGUAAGGGCUAUGGUAAGAGUUUGUCUCAAGCUGAACUCGAUGCAUAUUUAGCUGGAAAAUCCAAAGGAAAGGGUUUCAAGGGCAAGUUCAAGGAUGGCAUGUUAGCAUGGCAUGAUGAUGGUUCAUGGUAUUCUGACUCUUUCAUGAUCAACAAGGGCAAGGGAAAGAACCCCAAGGGCAAAUACUUCAAACCAUCAGCGAAUGUUUAUGGCAUGGAUUUCUACGCCUUGGAGAUGAUGGAUGUUGAAGAUUCACCACAAACCUUUCAUGUUUUUCCCCUGGAACUGUUUUCAACUGAUGAGACCGACAACAAGAGAUCAACACCACCGGGGUAUGGCAUGUUGGAUUGUGGGGCGACAGCAUCUGCGGGUCCGGAAGCAUCAGCAAAACGUUUGAUUUCCAAACUUCGACUAUUUGAUCCCGAUUUGAAAGUUUGCUUCAACUACAACAAACGUCCAUAUUUCAGGUAUGGUUCUGGGAAAUGGGGUCAAGCGCUUUACCAUGCAGUUAUUCAUUCCAGUUGGGAUUCAUCACGAUGUUUUGAGCUCUAUGUUUUGGAGAACCCCAUGGAGUACAACAGCGAAUGGUUUUCUGAUGACAUGUUGGUACCUAUUUUGGUUGGCAUGGAUCACCUCAAGAAGACUGGUUUGAUACUGGAUUUUUCCGAUGGUCAUGCAGUCAACGGCAAUGAUAACCCAGCGGUCCCCUAUGUCAUGGAAAGAAACCUCAAGGGCCACUAUAUGGUGAACAUUGCCUACUACCUCUUCGGUUCUCUCUCUGACUCCGAGGCUGGUGGCAACGAAUCCUUUGCAGCUCAACUUCUGGAGCAGGACUGCCACUCAGCACCAUCGGAGGGGGACAUCAGGUCUCAGACCACGUCAUGGCCUUGUUUCGGCAAGCACGUGUCCUCCAAUCCAAAAUCCAACGGCUAUGGCCAGUGGCGAACGUGCGAGAUUUGUGGUGUCCGUCUGAGCUAUGUGCCACGGGCGGGCUACCAGGGCAAGUCAGCAGCUCAAGCUUGCCACAAGACGGUGGAGCUGGCGAUGAAGCAGCUUCGCCAGGACUUGGAGCCAUGUGGAAGGUUCCCCACCAUGGACUUGGUCGAGACGAUGAUCCAGAUCAUCACCGACGAGAGCAAGAUCGUGGCCACGGAGUCAACGCUCAAGCGUCUGAGGAGCCACGUGGACACCUUGAAGCAAACCUAUGCAGAUCAGAUGAAGUCGGACACUCAAGCGCCAAAGGGAUCCUCAACGAGCCCAACAGAUGUCUGGCGUUUUCUGAGCGAGCAGGAGAAGUCCAAGUUGAUGGAGAUUGCGAUGGAGCGCCACAAGGAGGAGAGUGCUGAUCCAGUUUCUCAACAGCCUGUGAUCGAAGAUGCUACGAAGAUGAGCAACUUCUCUUGGGCCUAUGAGAUUGACAAUGAGCAGCUUUUUGAAGAGCCCUAUGGCAAUGUGGACCAAUGCUUCCUCUACAAGUCCUUCUUCGUCAAACCCUUUGCCAUGGAGAAUUCUCAAGGCCACUUUGGCUUUCUCGGCAUGAUGACUUUGGCGGCUCAGACUGGUCUUCGAGACUUUCUUCAAGGAGACCGGGUUGAUGGUUGGGAGAUGUUCUGUGCUCCUGACAGCUGGCUCACUGCAGCCUGCCGCACAGAAGGGUUGCGAUUCAGCCGCAUCAACUUGCAGCAGGGCUACGACUUGUACAAGACCAACACCUAUGAGCUCUUGAAGGAGAAGUACAAGUCUGAAAAGCCCCGGCGUAUAUGGAUUUCCACAAGAUGUACCUACUGGUGUCCUUUCACCUCACUCAACUACAACACAGUUGAACGCCGACAGGUGCUUGAAGGGCGACGUCGUCAAGAACGUGCCAUGUUCAAAAAGCUGAUCCCCUUCAUCCUGGACAUCAUUGAGGACGAUCCUUCGGUUGAAUUGUUCUGGGAAUGGCCUCGAAGAUGCUAUGGCUGGCAAGAGCCCAUGAUACUUCAUCUUCAAGAUCGACUUCAAAAGCUUGGCAAGCCUUGGCAUUUUGCACGGGUUGAUGGCUGCCGAUAUGGACUUAGAUCGGCUAGAGGUGGCUUCUUGCAAAAAGCCUGGUCCAUUGGCACAACAUCAUCUCACUUCUACCACCUCUACAGGUCAAAGACAUGCCCUGGCUGUCAUGAACACGAUCGCAUUCAGGGCUUGGAGACGCAGAAGAGCGCCUACUACCCCUGGAAACUCUGCAAGUCAAUUGCUCAGACUUGGCGUCAAGAGCUCUACCCUGACAAAUGGCUCACCUACUUGCAAGCUCCACUCCCCUCUUUUGUUGAACCUGAGGAGCAAUUGCAAGCACUUGGACUGAUGGAUGGGGCCCUGGAUUUUUGCCCGGCAAUGGACUUAUGCCCAGGGUUGGACUUUUACCCUGCAGAAUCAUCCUCGUCCAGUGAGCCGUCAGGAAAAGAACUGAGCCUUUGGCGUGUCCACCUCAUGAAGUACCAUCGAGCUGCUGGCCAUCCCAGCAACUACAACUUGUCUCGCAUUCUUCGAGAUGCUGGCCGAGCACCUUGGCAAGUUCGUGCUGCGAUGGAUCUGAAAUGUGAUGAAUGUGCAGCUCUGAAGUUGGGAGGGUCAUCCAGUGGCAAGGUGCCUCCUGCUUCCAUGAGACCAAUGCCAAGUGAAAACCCAGCGGCAUGGAAGAGCCUGGCAAGUUUUAUACCACAAAGAUCUUUUGUCGAUGUUGUUCCUGAAGAACCCCAAGAAGAAGAUGAAGAUCUUCCUCAACUUCCUGAUGAGCCCAAUCAAUUGCCAAGACUCUCCAAGCCUGCCUAUCGACACACCUUCAAGCAUGCGCCCAAGAAGGUGACCUUUGCUGAGCCUUCACAACCUCCUGAACCUGUGAAUGCAUAUGAUCCUUCUUUUGCUGCGAACCCUGAUGAGGACGAUGAAGCCAUCGGCAACGCUGGCAUUGGCAGUGGUAUUCCAACCUUGGAAGCAAGAUCUGGUUCAUCCAAGGCCAAACUUUUGGACUCCACUGAUGGCCAAACUUCUGAACCUGAGACAAAGCGUCCACGUACGGAUGAUGAUGAUGCUCUACUUCUCUCCUACCUGGAGCAGGUUGACGAGCUCUACGUCCUUGAAUUUGACAUGGUCUUAGAGAAUGACCGCCAGAAGCGCAAGUUGGUGUACAACCCAAGUUUGUUUUUGGCUCAGAAGAUGCGAGAUUGCGAAGUGCGACUGGAGAAGCUUUCACCAGCCCACAGAGAACUCUUUCGCAGAGCCAAACUGAAAGAGGUCAAUAGCUUCCUAGCGAACGAGGCAGUUCGUCGCUGUGCUGAUCAUGCCGAAGAACAACAAGCGCGAUCUAGCGGCAGAUUGAUGCGAUGUCGAUGGGUCCUCACUUGGAAACCAACUCCUGAAGAGUCCAUGACCGAAGCUCUAGAAGAACUUCAGAAAAAGGGUGAUGAGACCACUCUGACAUCAGAUGGCCGCAAGAAAGCCAAGGCGCGCAUUGUGCUUCUUGGUUUUGAACAUCCUGAUCUCCUCUCAGAGGGCUACAAGACUUCAAGUCCUGUGCAAGCUGUUUUGACUCGCAACUUGAGUUAUCAAAUGGUGAUGCAAGAAGGCUGGGAGAUUGAAGGUCUCGACUUGUCAACCGCCUUCCUACAAACCUUGCCUACGGAAGAGAGCAAACAGCUUUGGACAACAGGUGUUCAAGAACUUCGACAAGCCCUUGACCUUCCUGAGACUGGCGUGAUGCGAAUCCUCAAAGACUUCUAUGGCUCAACCACAGCCCCGCGCAACCUUUGGCAGAACAUUGAUGUUUCUUUGAAAUCACUGGGUGCUCACCGCAUUGCUGGUGAUCCUUGCUUUUGGUUGUGGCGCGUUCCUGCAGAUCCCAAAACUCUUCCUCCUCAUGAUCCCAAAGAUGCUGAAUCCUUCAAAUGGAAGACCCUUGGAUUUAUGGCGGGUCAUGUGGAUGAUUUUCAUAGAGCUGGAGAUUUGCAAGAUGAGAGAUGGCUGAAGAUUCGCUCCUCCAUUGACACGAUGUACAAGUGGGGGCAACUCAAAAAGAAUGAGUACCGACAUGCUGGCACGGAUCUUUCAAUGACCACGGAUCCGAACUAUGGUCGCUGUCUGGUAGUGGAUCAAUCAUACUACAUUGAGAUGCUUGAGGAUGUGCAGAUCGAUCCUCAACGUUUUUCUAUGACAUCCUCACCUUUGACGGCGAAGGAGAUCUCAGCUUGUCGUGCUUCGAUUGGUGCCUUGCAGUGGGUCGCUGUGCAGACGCAACCAUUAGCAUGUGCUCGCUGCAACCUUUUGCUUUCCGAGCUCUCCCAGCAGCCUACGAUGCAGCUAGCUCAAGAACUGCAGGAGCUGAUCAGGGAACUCAGAAAAUCCAGCACCGUUUUGAAAUUUUUCCGUUUGCCCAAAGUACAUCAUUGGACCCAAGUGUACAUUGUAGGCUUAGGAGAUCAAGCCCACCAAAACAGACCCAAAGGGGGUAGCACAGGUGGACUUUUGAUUUUUCUUAGCAACAGGGAUUUGUCAAUUGGCCGACCAGCACCAAUGAUUCUUGUGACGUGGAAAACUUGGAAGCUGAAACGUGUCAGCAUCGGCACGAAUGAUGCCGAAGUGCAGUCCCUUGUAGAGACCGAAGAUGUUCUUUUUAGGACUAGGAUGUUGUGGGCCUCCAUUAAUUCAGCCGGUACAGUUGGCACUGGCACCCGAGCUGACAUGCUUGACGCAUCUGAAGCUGAAGUUUGUUUGGUGCCAGGCCUCUUAGGAACUGACAGCAAGGGAGGAUACGACAGUAUCAUGGUGAACGAAAGUCCCAUGCUAGGCCUUUCCAACACUAGGGCAGCCAUUCAAGCUUUUCAACUCAAGGAGUUUUUACCACGUUGUUUGACCAAACUGAUGUGGCUGGCAAGUGAUUGGAACCUUGCUGACUGUAUGACGAAGAAGAAGGCAGAAUGUAGAAAGUCUAUGGAAUACUUUUUCCAACGACGAGUCUGGAUGCUGAAAUUCGAUCCAAAUUUUGUCCAGUCCUCCAGAAAGGAGAAUGCCAGCAAAGGCACUCCAAUUCAGCAAAUGCAGGGGCUCCAUGAGAAGAACUCACAAGAAUUUUGUGGUAAUGCAGUUGUUUCAAUUCAUGACCGACUUGCCAGGUACAGUUGUUGAGUUUUCUCAUGUUGCUGCUUGGCCCAAUCUCAUAGAGGGCCCUCUUGUGAUAGCCUGACGCUUGGCUAUGGAGUGAAAAGG